CGUUGUUUCUCGCGACGCUUCCUUCUGUUCAUUAGUCAUUCUUUCACCAUGCAUUUGUUUCUAGCUCUUUGUAUAUCUACCAUUGUGACUGGUGCGGCCAUUGAGCAACGCGAUGCUGUGCCCCCUGGAUAUGUCGCAGCACCCUAUUACCCAGCGCCGCACGGAGGAUGGACAUCGGACUGGAGCGAGAGCUACCGGAAAGCCUCCCUGCUUGUUUCGAACAUGACCCUAGCCGAGAAAACGAACCUCACUGCAGGUACCGGAAUAUUCAUGGGUCGAUGUGUUGGAAACACAGGCAGUGCCUUGAGAGUUGGAAUUCCUCAGCUCUGCUUACAAGAUGGGCCUCUGGGGGUUCGAAAUACAGACCAUAAUACGGCAUUUCCGGCAGGAAUCACCGCUGGUGCUACUUGGGACAAAGACCUACUGUAUCGCCGUGGCGUAGCCAUUGGUGAGGAAUUUCGCGGUAAAGGGGUCAAUAUCCACCUGGGACCUAGUGUUGGGGCUCUGGGAAGAAAGCCAAGAGGCGGAAGAAACUGGGAAGGUUUCGGUUCGGAUCCAGUCCUGCAGGCCUAUGGAGGAGCGUUGUCUAUCAAAGGAAUUCAGAGCGUCGGAGUCAUUGCAACCCUCAAGCAUCUGAUUGCCAACGAACAAGAAAUGUACAGGAUGUAUAGCCUUGUCAAGCCUGGCAUUUCUUCAAACCUGGAUGAUCGGACGCUCCAUGAGCUCUACUUGUGGCCUUUCGCUGAAGGAGUUCGCUCCGGUGUUGGCUCUGUCAUGAUAGCAUACAAUGCCGUGAACGGAUCAGCCUGCUCUCAAAACAGCUACUUGAUCAACGGUCUCCUCAAAGAUGAGCUUGGUUUCCAAGGAUUCGUUAUGUCUGACUGGCUGGCGCAGAUCUCAGGAGUGUCAUCAACGUUGGCUGGACUGGACAUGUCGAUGCCAGGAGACAGACACGACCUUCCUAUAGUCCUCGGCAAUUCUUACUGGAUGUUUGAGUAUAGCCGUGCAGUGCUGAAUGGCUCAGUCCCAGUGGACCGCUUGGACGAUGCUGUCACUCGCAUCCUGGCAGCCUAUUUCCAAAUGGGCCAAGAUCAAAACUAUCCCCGCCCUAAUUUCGAUACGAACACCCAAGAUGCCGAAGGUCCGCUGUAUCCGGCCGCAUUAAUAUCGCCACGAGGCAUUGUAAACGAGUUCGUGGACGUCCAGGCCAAUCACGCGGAGAUUGCUCGCGAUGUGUCUCGCGAUGCGAUAACACUGCUGAAGAAUCAGAAUAAUGUCCUGCCCUUGCGUCGCAACGCAACAUUGAAGGUUUUUGGUACCGAUGCCGAGAAGAACCCGGAUGGGAUCAACUCUUGCAACGACCAAGGUUGCAACAAGGGCACGCUUGGCAUGGGUUGGGGUAGCGGGUCAGCUCGUUAUCCCUACAUGGACAGUCCGAUCGAUGGCUUCAAAGCGCGAGGCGCAACAUAUCAAUUCUUCAACACUGACUCGUUUCCCUCGAACUCCAACCCAUCUCCGAAUGAUACGGCAAUUGUCUUCGUCAGCGCAGACUCAGGAGAAAACUACAUCACCGUGGAGAACAACCCUGGUGACCGGACUUCUUCGAACCUCAAUCUAUGGCAUAAUGGAGACAAGCUCAUCAAAGACGUCGCGGCCAAAUACGCAAACGUCGUUGUGGUCGUACACACGGUAGGGCCUGUCAUAUUGGAGGAGUGGCACGAUCUGCCUGCUGUGAAAGCGAUCCUCUUCGCUCAUCUACCAGGCCAAGAAGCAGGAGCCUCAUUGAUGCAAGUCCUCUAUGGCGAUGUCUCUCCGUCUGGUCACCUCCCAUAUACGUUGCCAAAGUCCGAGAGCGACUAUCCACAAUCGGUUAGCCUUGUUGGGUACCAAAUUGGCCAACCGCAGGAUACAUUCACUGAGGGUCUAUACGUCGACUAUAGGCACUUUAACAAGGCCAAAGUCACGCCUCGUUAUGCCUUUGGACACGGCCUUAGCUACACCACGUUCGCUUAUUCCAAUGCCACCAUCACUGCCGUCACCCCUCUCACAGCCACACCGCCUACACGACCAGCCAAAGGCGAAACACCAUCCUACUCAACCGCCAUUCCCCCUGCUUCCGAAGCGUACUGGCCAGAGAAUUUCAACCGUAUCUGGCGAUAUCUCUACUCAUGGCUAGACAAGAACGACGCUGAUAACGCCGCGAAAGCAGCAAAUUCAACAACCAAAUACCCGUAUCCCGAAGGUUACUCCAACGUACAGGGCCCGGGCCCACAAGCAGGUGGCGCGCAAGGAGGCAACCCAGCGCUUUUCGACGUCGCAUAUAGCAUCUCGGUCACUGUGUCGAAUACUGGAAGUCGCCCGGGCAAAGCCGUCGCACAGCUCUAUGUGCAGUUCCCAAGCACAAGCACUGUCGACACCCCGAUCAUCCAGUUGCGAGACUUUGAGAAGACGAGCACGCUGGCGCCUGGUACCAGCCAGACGCUGAAUCUGCGGGUGACAAGAAAAGACCUCAGUGUUUGGGACGUUGUAUCUCAAAACUGGAUCAUCCCCGUUGUCGAUGGAGAUUAUGGCCUUUGGCUGGGUGACAGCUCGGAUGCUUUGCAUCUGAGGUGUGGUACAGCGAGGGGAAGCUGUGCUGGAGAGCAGACAAGUCCUGUCUGAUGCUAUAAUACCUCAUAUAUGUACAUAAUUUCUAAAGAUGAAGAUCUGCGACAUGCCUGGACCCAUAAUCUACAUUUGCACUGUUAACGAUCUGUAAUAAUGGCAAGAGUAUUUAC